AUGGCCUCAUUAGCCGGUAAACAACAACCCCCGGCCUUUGGGGGGGCUGAAAACAAUGUCUUCUCCUCCCCGAGAUUCCCGGCUAUACCUUUGGAAGUGGCCCCCAGUGAGCACGCCGGGACCCCCAAGCUGCACCCCGGGCCAAGCCUGAUCCCCCCUGCCCGGCCCGGGCACCCACAUGGCCACUCACACGGCCUGCAGGAUGACACUCUGAUAGGGCAGCCUCCUCCCCGGACAGCCUCCGCCCAGCCGGCCUCCUCCCCCGGACAGCCUCUGCCCCAGCCGGCCUCCUCCCUGGCCUCCUUCCCAGACGGCCUCCUCCCCGGGCAGCCUCUGUCCCAACUGGCCUGCACUCUGGGCGGCCUCUGCCCCAGCCAACCUCCUCCCCGGGCAGCCUCCUUCCCUGGCAGCCUCCGCCCCAGUGGCCUCCUCCCCGGGCAGCCUCCGCCCCAUCCAGCCUCCUACCCGGACAGCCUCCGCCCCGGCCGGCCUCCUCCCAGGACAGCCUCCUCCCUAGCCGGCCUCCUCCCCGGCCGGCCUCCUCCCCGGGCAGCCUCCGUCCCACCCGGCCUGAACCCCGGGCAGUCUCCUCCCCAGGCGGCCUCCACCCCAGCCAACCUCCUCCCCGGACAGCCUCCACCCCAGCCGGCCUCCUCCCCGGAUGGCCUCCACCCCAGCCACCCUCCUCCCCGGACGGCCUCCACCCGAGCCAACCUCCUCCCCAGCCGGCCUCUGCCCCAGCCGGCCUCCUCCCCGGACAGCCUCCACCCCAGCCAACCUCCUCUCUGGACAACCUCCACCCCAGACGGCCUCCUCUCUGGGCAGCCUCCUCCCCGGACGGCCUACACCCCGGCCAGCCUCCGCCCCAUCCAGCCUCCUCCCCGGACAGCCUCUGCCCCGGACAGCCUCCUCCCUAGCCGGCCUCCCCCCCGGACAGCCUCCACCCCAGCCAACCUCCUCCCCGGACAGCCUCCAUCCCAGCCAACCUCCUCCCCGGACAGCCUCCUUCCCAGUCGACCUGUACCCUGGGCAGCCUCCGCCCCAUCCGGCCUCCUCUCCGGGCAGCCUUCGCCCCAGCCGGCCUCCUCCCCGGACAGCCUCCUCCCUAGCCGGCCUCCUUCCCAGCCGGCCUCCUCCCCGGGCAGCCUCCAUCCCAACCGGCCUGUGCCCUGGGCGGCCUCCUCUCCAGACAGCCUUCACCCUAGCCAGCCUCCUCACUGGACAGCCUCCACUCUGGCCGACCUGCACCCUGGGCAGCCUCCACCCCAUCCGGCCUCCUCCCCCGGACAGCCUCCACUCCAGCUGCCAACCUCCUCCUUGGGCAGCCUCCGCCCCAUCCAGCCUCCUUCCCGGGCAGCCUUCGCCCCAGUGGCCUCCUCCCUGGACAGCCUCCACCCCAGUCAACCUCCUCCCUGGACAGCCUCCGCCCCAGUCAACUUCCUCCCCGGGCAGCCUCCGCCCCAGCCCACCUCCACUCCGGACAGCCUCUGCCCCACCUCCGUCCCAACCGGCCUGAGCCCCGGGCAGCCUCCGCCCCAGCUGGCCUCCUCCCCAUACGGCCUCCUCCCCAGACGGCCUCCACCCCAGACAACCUCCUCCCCGGACAGCCUCCUCCCCGGACAGCCUCCUUCCCGGACAGCCUCCGCCCCAGCCAGCCUCCUCCCCGGACAGCCUCCACCCAGGCUGGCCUCCUCCCGGGACAGCCUCCUCCCUAGUCGGCCUCCUCCCCGGACAGCCUCCUCCCCGGACAGCCUCCACUCCAGCCAACCUCCUUCCCGGACAGCCUCCUCCCCAACCGACCUGCGCCCAGGGCAGCCUCUGCCCCAGCCGCCCUCCUCUCCGGACAACCUCCUCCCCAGCCGGCCUCCUCUGCGGACAGCCUCCACCACAGCCAGCCUCCUCACUGGACAGCCUCCGCCCCAGCCAACCUGCACCCUGGGCAGCCUCCGCCCCAUCUGGCCUCCUCCCCGGGCAGCCUCUACGCCAGUCAACCUCCUCCCCAGCCAACCUCCUCCCUGGACAGCCUCCUCCCUGGACAGCCUCCGCACCAGCAACCUCCUCCCUGGACAGCCUCCGCGCCAGCCAACCUCCUCCCCGGACAGCUUCCUCCCCAGUGAUUAG